CCAACUCGCCUUCUCGAUAACUCCCGAAAUCUACCGCCAUACGCCGCGGCGUGUGACGGCGAGGACGAGAAUGAAUCCCAUAGGUUCCAGCCUUCAGUACUGGUUAGUGAACCACCCAUCGAUUCUCAACUUCACAUGGAUCCCAGGCCAAACCGUAGGCGCCUCCCCUCUCUUCCUCUCUCUCACUCUCCUCUGCUACCUCUCUCUCACCUUCCUCCUCCCUCUCCUCCGUCUCCCUCCUCUUAAACCUCACAUUCUCCGAUCAAUGUCCGUGGUCCACAACCUUGUCCUCCUCCUCCUCUCCUUCGCCAUGUCACUUGGAUGUAUCUUCACCAUUGUCUACCAUACGCCUCAGCUUCACUGGAUCAUCUGCUUCCCGCCCAAAACUCCUCCCUCGGGACCUCUCUUCUUCUGGGCGUACGUCUUCUACCUCUCGAAGGUUCUGGAACUCGUCGACACGCUCCUCAUCAUCGUCGGAAACUCCAUCCGACGGCUCACGUUCCUCCACGUGUACCACCACGCGACGGUCCUGAUCAUGUGCUACCUGUGGCUCCAGACAUCGCAGUCCUUGUUCCCGGUGGCGCUCGUGACGAACACGUGCGUGCAUGUGCUCAUGUACGGGUACUACUUGUUGAGCGCCUUGGGGGUCCGACCCAAGUGGAAGCGGCUCGUGACGGAUUGCCAGAUAGUGCAGUUCUUGUUCAGCUUCGCGGUUUCGGGUGUGAUGCUGUAUUACCAUUUCGGAGGAUCCGGAUGUUCCGGGUUCUCGGGUUGGUGCUUCAAUGCCGUCUUCAAUGCCUCUCUUUUGGCUCUUUUUGUUGACUUUCAUGCAAAGAGUUAUGCGAAUCGCAAGACGCGAGAAGCUCAGAAGCUCAAAGGGUCCUGAUGGUGAUUCCUCAUCUGAACACCAUUGGUUUCGUGUGUGUUAGCCCUCUCUUCUUAAGUAAAAGGCGAAACAAUAGUUCGCUCUGUGCUCACCACACGGGCACGGCUCCGUGUUAGCCCUCUCUUCUAAAAUGCUCUAUUCAAUAUUGUGGCUGAAAUGAAGGGAAUAAAUUUUUCAUUGAAUGGGAAAUCUUUUGUUUACGAGUCUAAUUAUUGAGU